AUGGCACGCAACGGCACAAGGAGCCUGGCGGCGUCCUGCCACGAACAGCUACACCGCCAUGACAAGUGCAAAUUUCUCUUAAAGUUCAAAGGCCGAUGUUUUAGCGCUGCUAUGCAGACAUCUGAUGCUUUGCGGGUGUUGUUCCCCAUCUUCCUAGGGAUGGUGGUGGCCAGAGCACGCCAGCCCUGCAUUCCUAAAUUCCUUCGUGCAAAUGCCAUGGUGUGCGUGUGCAACGCGACGUACUGCGACACGGUGGACCCGGUCUCCCUGCCUGACGUCGGCAACUUUGUCAAGUACACAACCAGCAGGGACGGCCAACGCUUGGAGCGGAGCGAAGGGGAAAUGAUUGCCAGCUCAGGAGUUUCCGGUGGAAUCUACACCUACGAUCCCACUGUUCAGCACCAAUACGUGAAAGGUUUCGGCGGGUCGCUCACCGACGCGGCGGCCAUCAACAUCCUGCAUUUGUCUUACGCAGCCCAAAACCAGCUUCUCCGGUCUUACUUCUCCGAAGAAGGAAUUGAGUACAACUUGCUGCGUUGGCCCAUUGGCUGCUCCGACUUUUCCACGCGGCCGUACAGUUACGACGACCGCUGCGUGGAUGACUUCGAGCUGAAGUGUUUCGAACUGGCCCCCGAAGACACCAAACUUAGGAUCCCUCUACUCCAUCGUAUCAUGGCCCAUGCCAAGAGAACCCUCUCACUGAUCGCCAGCCCUUGGACCAGUCCUGGCUGGCUGAGGGUCAACAACAAGGUCAAAGGCAAAUCCAUGCUAAAGGGAGAACCGGGCGACCGCUACCACAAGACCUGGGCUCGCUAUUUUAUCAGGUUCUUCGACGAGUACGCCAAAAACAAUAUUACUUUCUGGGCAUUCAGCUCUCAGAACGAACCCAUCACUGCCCUUUUCAUAAGUCGGGAAGACUUUCCUUGCAAUUAUUUCUCGCCGCAACAUCAGCGUGAUUUUAUCGUUCAAGAUUUGGGUCCCGCCCUUGUUGCCAGCCGUCAUGCCGAUGUCCGCCUGAUGAUCCUUGAUGACGGGAGGUGUCACUUGCCAAACUGGGCCGACCAGGUGAUUGGCGAUAGUGCCGCUGCAGCCUUCGUAUCCGGCAUUGGCAUCCAUUGGUACUUAGACCCGAUCACCCCAGUUACCCUGACUCUAGACGUUACCCAUCGCCUGUACCCCAAUUUCUUCCUGCUCUACACCGAAGCGUGCAACGGUUAUCUGGACUGGGAUGCGAAGGUUGUCCUGGGAAGCUGGGAGAGAGGCGUCUCUUACAGCAGCAAUAUCCUGACGAAUCUCAACCACUUCGUCACCGGCUGGAUUGAUUGGAACUUGGCCCUGGACACGGCAGGGGGUCCCAACUGGGUGGACAACCCCGUGGAUAGCCCCGUCAUUGUGAACCCCCUCAAAGAUGAAUUCUACAAACAGCCCAUGUUUUACCACCUGGGACAUUUCAGCAAAUUCAUUCCUGAAGGCUCAGUGCGAGUCGCUCUCACCUCCAACUGCUUGUUUGACGUCUGUAAGUUGAAGACUUCAGCUUUCCUGACUCCCAAUGGCACUGCGGUGGCCGUGGUACUGAACGACUGGUUUCUCGAUAUUUCUUUCACUAUCUCGGACGAUCGGGUGGGUUACAUUAAGGACCGAGCGAGAGCUCACUCCAUCCAAACCUACCUGUGGAGGAGGCACCUUUGA